AUGGCAUCGGAGCUAUGCAGUACCGCGGACACUGGCACGGAGAUAGAUAUCCAACGCGACCAGUCUGCAGCCGAGGCAGAUCACGAAGAUACCAAAGCCUCGUCGGUGUUUCUUCAAGCACAGCGGCAAUUCUUGGAUUCAAUCCCAGAAGAAGAAAAGAGCAGAUACUCCACAAGUUCGUCAGCAGAAGAUCUACUCCAGGAUCUGAGAAAGAUACUGGCGGACGCAAAAACUUUCGAGCAAAAGCGUACCGCAUCUGUGCUUUUGAAAAGGAUUAAAACACUCAGCGACAGCCUAGAGCCCUACUUCCGAAUCGUUGAAAUCGUUAUUCAAUCUAAUCCAGAGUUCGCGGCUAUCGCAUGGGGGGCUUUUCGUUUGAUCGUUCAGUUCGUGUAUUUAUCAAGGAUAACGGCAUACUUGACAGAGCGGAAGAGAACACCAAUUGUCAUUGGUAGUCUCGUUUGGAAACCGUUCGAUAUCAGGUUUCGGCAGAUUUUGGAGCGACUAGAUAUGCACCAAGAGAUUGUAAAGGACGAGUUGUUCCUAAGCGGAUUUCGAAGCUUUACAAUUGCAGAAAGGGACGCGGCAGAGGAGCGGCAAAAUGCUGUAGCUGCUCGGUAUAAAACUCAAAUCCACCAGCAUCUUACCGGGCAGGUUUUGACCGACAUGGAAGCGGAGCUGAAGAAGCAGACUUUCAGCAGAUUGCAAGCCUGGUUGAAUCCCCCAAAUUUCAUGGAAAGACUGGACGAGGCGCGACGUUUGCAGCAAGAUGGGACGGCCGUAUGGCUGUUCGAAGAGGCCACCUUUGUAAAUUGGAGAGGUUCUGAUGAGACGGCUGAACAAUAUCCCUUCCCAUCUGAAGGUUCAAAGUUUUUGUGGGUGAAAGGAAACCCUGGUUGUGGGAAAACGGUCCUGGCUAGUUCGACGGUCCGGGAGCUUCGAAACCUACCAUUCACCUCUUCAGCUAUCGUUUGCUACUAUUUCUUCAGCCAGAACGUAUCCGAAGGCAAUUCAAUCGCUGGUGCGUACCGAGCGAUUCUAGCUCAGAUCCUUCAACGCAAGCGGAAUGACACAAAAAUUCUCGAUGCUUUCGCGUUCAUGACAAACCAAGAGACUGGAGGUCAGAUGAUUGGGUCUAGAUCAGAAAUGACAGAGUUGUUGAGAGUUUGUCUACAGUCCUUGGGCAAAGUAUUUAUCGUACUCGAUGCCAUCGACGAAUGCGACGAUGAAGCUGGACUAUUGAAGGAUUUGACAGACAUCGCCGAAGGAUCAGACGUCAACAUCAUAUUCUUCAGCAGACCAAAUUCUGCCCAUUUACCUUUUCUAGUAGCAGAAGACAAGUGCAUCUCGAUGAGCGGGGAUCUCAUUAAGCAAGACAUCGAACUCUUCCUUUCCAAUAACAUCCAUGACUUGGUUCGACGCCGUCUGCUGAUGCGGUCCGACGGAGAAGAAGAGAUCGUCAAGAGACUGCUUCAAGGCUCGGAUGGCAUGUUUCUUUGGGCUCGCCUAAUGAUAAACUACCUAGGAUCCCCGGCACUAACUCCAGCUCAAUGCUUGAAAGCUAUUCAUACCGUAACCCUCCCCGAGCGACUUGAGGACAUGUAUCAAAGAGCCCUGGGCCUCAUCACAGCCGCCACCAAGCCGGAACAGGAGCUUGCUAAGCGUGUUUUCAGCUGGUUUGCCUAUGGUCAAUCGGAAUUGGGAAUCCAGGAGCUACACGAGGCGCUCACGUCACUGCCAGGAAAGUCCCCAGCGUCGACAAAGUUCGUGGACAUCGAACGGAGUAUCGUAUUGUCAUGUGCCGGCCUUGUACAUACUUCCAGCUCGAAAACCUGCCAUUUCGUUCAUCUUUCGGCCCUUGAAUUCUUUCUCUCAGCGCACAAGUCAUUGCUCAAUAGACGAUACUCAGAUAAAUAUCCACAACCUCCCUGGCUAGAUUUAAUCCCGACAAAAUUUGAAGGCCACUUAGAAAUUUUAGCAGCUUGUCUCAGCUACUUGACUUUCCAAACCCCUUCUCAGCCUUUGAGUGGGAAAUUGAGUGAUCCGGCUUCCUCGAUAGAUUUGCACAAAGCAUUUCCGCUAUUGAAAUAUUCCUCCACCCACUGGAUGUAUCAUCUUCAAAGCACCAUCCCCACUCAUGAGUUUACUCGCAUAAGAAGAGUAGACCAAGGAAUUCCAAUGGACAUAGUCGACGAUAUAUUUGGGGUGUUAUCAGCAUUUCUCCCGCAGAAGACUACUCUAACGGCCAUGAUGGAAGCAUUCUAUGUUUUCGGAAAGGGCCAGCCGCCUAAUACAAAGGCUCUACGUUCAUGGAGCGACUGGGCACUCAAAUACGCUUCUCGAGAAAAUUUGGGAGACCUUCGAAAGCUCGCCGAGGAUGUCCGGGAGUUCGGGUGGGAUCUUGAUAACUUACACACGCUGUGGGGCCCAAGUCUUGCCGCAGCACCGCAGAUUAUUUGGGAGGACAUCACAGCCUACACUCCAAGCAGAUUCUUUGCCCAAACAAAUGCUACUGCUGUUACAUCAUUGACACCACUAUUCCCCAAACACGAGGAUUUGAGCACCAACCCCCUGAGCACUAUCUCCGCAGUGUCAGCUAGCUCCCGCGAAUUGGGCGUACUAAGUAUUUGGCCACCUCGUGCAUACGAAGAUUGGGCGAAAAAUUUAGAGCCCAAAAGCCAUAUCAGUGACCUGGGAGACAUUUGCGCUGGAUGGAUUGCCAAGUUCGAGAUCUGGACCACAGACCAGACACCUACUCUAACAACAGACCUUCAAAUUCCGCUAAAUGAGAACGAGAUUCGUCUACACAUCUGUCAAUCUCUGUCUCGCUACAUACUUCCCUCUCUCCAAGGUUCUGCUGACACGGAAUGGAAAUUACAGUUCCCACUAGAGAUAAGCAAGGACCUGAGAAUCGUCAUAAUACUAAGAACUGCCGUCUUUCUGGACGAAUCGGCUACAAAGACCCACACCCUCAAGCCUAAAUACACGGUGACAACCGUCCCGACACUACCAUUUGGACCUACAAGAGAACGGUGGACUGAACGGGCUUGCGACGUUCGGAACUGUUCGAUAAAGCAGAGGACCGGGGGAUAUCAGUCAGCUUACCACGGACUUUAUGAGUACUUCUUCCUCCUCAGCCCUGAUAAUCGAUUCCUCUUCUUUGCUGAUAAGGAUCACGAUCGUCAAAACUUCAACAUCGAUAAAGAGAGUAGACCCUUUAUCUCAACUUUCGGUUUUGCUGGCAUUGUUGCUGUGUACCGGCUUUGCCCCGGACCCCGUGGCACUCGGAUAGUAUUCGCAGACUCACUACCUGUUAUAAUGUCGAACAUAAGGUUUCAAAAUGUCGCUUUCCACCCAAAAGUACCCUUUGUUUCUUUCGUAGCCUACGAUAAAAUAUACAUGUGGGCCUUUGGUUGUGGCGUUAAGAACCAUUCGUCUAGAGAUCCCAGAACAGCAGUUAUUCGAGGGAUUUAUUUUUCAGAAUGCGGGACGCAGCUCGGUGUCAUCAGUCAUACUCUUUCUGUGCCAAUUGUAAUCGCGGUUGAGCCCGAAGAAAUGUUCCGACUAGCGCAACGGUUCAUUGAUCGAUUUUCACUACCGUCUACAUCAUCAAGUGGCUCUCAGGCAGUCUCGAAAAGUUUACAACCGGGAGAGAUUGUUGUUGGCAGGCCGCCGACAGCGGGUGUUAACUUUGCAGUCUGGUUAGAUCAAAUGAAUGAACUCUGUUACGAGGCAUAUGCAUCGAAGACGACGAGUUGGAGGUCAUCCGCACACAGCAUAAAGCGCAUCGCUAUUGGUGACGUUUAUAUAUCAGUCCAGCAUGUGACAAGUUUGCCAAGCUGGCCAGGCCUUGAUGUUGCUCAUGCAACCGUCGUUGGGUCGGACCCCGAAGAUGAUAGGCUCAAGAUUGUCCUGAACAAAGUCGCGCGGCACUGGUCAGGGAUGUCUGACGAGAAGAAUUCACAACUUCCACUUAUGGUCUCGAAGGAUCACAGAGCGCUGCAACAACCAACGCGUCGAGCUAUCCCAAUUCCUACGAUAAACCAUUCGACGUAUGAGGUAGCUAUUAGUAAUUCUUCGUAG